UUCUACAGCUCGUGGCACCACACCGACCAGCACCAUGGCGUCUGCUAAAGUCAUGAACCGUCCUCUGAUCGACCCUUCGGAGAUCCUGCGUCCGGAACCCAUCCACGCAGGGAAACCGAUCGCCCAGUUCAGGGACUACACCAUCGACGACACGGACCCCAUCAAGGAGCGAGUCCGCAAGCUCUACUACGACAUGCACAAGUACCAGACCGUCGACUUCGUCAAGAAACAGCAUGCAAAGUGGCUGAAGUUCGACAAGUUCCGCGCGCCCAUCAUGGACACGCUGGAGAGGCUGAGCGGCAUGCUGGACCAGAGUGACCCUGACGUCGACGUGCCCAACAUCGUGCACGCCUUCCAGACGGCGGAGCGCAUUCGCGAGGACCACCCGGACUGCGACUGGCUGCAGCUGACAGGACUGCUACAUGACAUGGGCAAGAUAAUGGCGUUCUACGACGAGCCUCAGUGGGCCGUUACUGGAGACACUUUCCCUGUUGGCUGCGCUUGGGCCGACUCCAUUGUCUACAGAAACACCACUUUCCACGAUAACCCGGACACCCACAACCCCAAGUACAAUACGAAGUACGGCAUGUACACUCCCAACUGCGGCCUUGACAACGUGCUGAUGGCCUGGGGACACGACGAAUACGUCUACCGCCUGCUGAAGCACAACGGCUCCAAACUGCCAGAGAUGGGCCACAAGAUCAUCCGCUUCCAUUCCUUCUACCCGUGGCAUUCGUCUGGAGACUACAUGCACCUCUGCAACGAGGAAGACAUGGAAACCCUGAAAUGGGUCCUAGAGUUCAACAAAUACGACCUCUACUCGAAGAGCGACGAGAUGCCCGAUAUUGAGAAGCUGAAGCCAUACUACCAGAGCCUCAUCGACAAGUACGUGCCUGGCGUCCUCAAUUGGUAGACUACAAAUAACCAGUCCUGUCAUAGGCUCACCAUUCCCAGCGAAACAACUAAUUUAUUUGUUUGUGCUAAUUAUUAAACGCACUUUCAUCACUGCCGAAAAACAGAUUGCUCAAAGACAGCGUUCUGUGCAUUUCAUGCUUUCAUAGUGACAGUUUUGCUCAAAUAACGUAUUUAUUAUUGUCACCUGUGAGGAAUUUGUACAAUUAACCUUUAAGUAUAAAUUUACGUGGACUAUUAUGCACAAUAGGUUUAAGUGUUUUGGGCAUAUGUUCUAAUUAUUAUACCUCAUACAGGACAUCAUCAUGCUGCUAGUAGCUAUUAAACGUAAUGAAUUUCUAUUUGUCCAAUGCAAGUACGAAAUAGUUCUAUU